CCACGAGGGGUUAAGGUUAGCGGCCGGGCACGGGGGGGCCGGGUGACAGCGACCCAGCGGCGGGGCGAGCCGCGGCGCCGCGCGCGGAUAAAAGACCCGGGCCGCCGCGCUCCGGCCCUGCCGAGACGGUCUCGCCGCCGCCGCUGCUGCUGCGAAAGCGAUAGCCAGGUAGAGGGAGCUGGGUGCCGGUCGGGAAGGUGGGGGGAGACGCGGCACGGGAGGCCACCCACCGCCGUCCACGGCCUUGGCAGUGGGGAUCGUUGGUCGGGUGGGAGGGACAUGAUGGAGAUGGACCAGCACCAGCUGAGCAUGGUGCCCUACGAGGGGGCCGGCGCCGGGGGCGGCGGCGGCAAGUACAAGGAGUGCAUGCGCAACCACGCGGCGGCCAUGGGCGGGCAGGCGUUCGACGGCUGCGGCGAGUACAUGCCGUCGUCGCCGGACCAGCUCAAGUGCGCGGCCUGCGGGUGCCACCGCAGCUUCCACCGCCGCGACGCGGGCGCCUCCUCCUCCUCGUGCGGCGGCGCCGCGCCGCCCGUGUUCUUCCGCCCGCCGCCGGCGCCGAUGCCCGCGCUGCUUCCCGCGCCGCCGCCGCACUACCUGCACCAGCACCACCACCACCACCAGGCCGCGCUGCAGGCGUUCCUCCCUUGGGUUCCGGCGGCCGCGGCGCCACCGCACCUCGCGCUGCCGUACCACCCCGCCGCCGCCGCCGCGGCCCCGUGGCUAGCGCGGUCCGGGUCCGAGACGCCGCCGCGGGCCGACGACUUCGGCGUCGCGGGCCUCGGCCUCGGCGGCGCGGCGGGGAGCGCGGGCGGCGCCGGCAACGGCAGCGGCAGCGGCGGCUUCGGGCGGAAGCGGUUUCGCACCAAGUUCACCCCGGAGCAGAAGGAGCGGAUGCGCGAGUUCGCGGAGAAGCAGGGGUGGCGCAUCCAACGGAACGACGACGGCGCCCUGGAGCGCUUCUGCGACGAGAUUGGCGUCAAGCGGCAGGUGCUCAAGGUGUGGAUGCACAACCACAAGAACCAGCUCGCCUCCACCUCCCCCGCCGCCGCCGCGGGCAUCGGCAUCAGCCCCGCCGCCGCAGGCAUCGGCAUCCGCCCCGCCGCCCCGGGCAUGGGCACCGGCGCCGGCGACGACGACGACGACGACGACGAGACCGACGACUCCCCGCCCCGCGCCGCCGUCUCCUCCCCCUCCCCGUCCCCCAUCAGCGUCUAGGCCUAGGCCAGCCGCCGAUCGAGGGCGCUCCUCCACACUCCCCCCUCCCGCGCACGCUAAUGAGCCCCGUCCGCUUAAUCCCCCUAGGGUUUAGCGACUAAUUAGCUCUAGCUCUAGGUAACUGUCGGCCAGUCAGUAGCUGCUCCCACCACAACUACCCCCUCGUGCUCUUGUUAACCUCCCCUCCCUGCCGGCUGCCCCCCGUGACGCGGCCGCUCCGUACGUCCGUGCAGCCACGGAGGGGCACAUCUGUCAUCUUUCCACUUCCGCCGCCGCUUAAUUGGAGUGAGUGUUCUAGUUCUAGGCCCUGCUGCUAUGCCGCACUGUCUCCUAAUCAUCAGUGACUAAUGAUUCGAGUAAUGCUAAAUCCACCUGAAAUGCUUCGGGAGUC